AUGAACAUGUAUGCCAGCAUCAUAUUCAUGUGUUAUAUCGCUGCCAACAGGUAUCUUAAAAUCGUCCAUCCUUCAGGAACUCAUGUCCUGCAGUCAGUGCAAACUGCGCACAUCAUCUCCAUGGUCACCUGGGUUUGUCUCCUGGCUCCAUCAGUUACUUAUAGCAUCCUCUUUUUCAUCACCCAGAAACCCCUGACUUUUACCCCCAGCCGAUGUUGGCCCCUCCUCAGUGCAUCAAUCAGCCUAUUCUUCAAAAUCCUCCACACCAUCUGUGCCAUCAUCUUCCUCUUGGUCUUCAUAUCCCUGGUCUUCUUCUACCACAGCAUCUCCCGCAGGGUGUUGCAGGCACAGCAGAGGCAGCUGGCCUCCUCCAAUGCUGAGAAGCUGGUGAAGUCUCGCAGGAACAUGUUGGUGCUGGUCAGCAUCUUCUGUGUUUGUUUUGUGCCCUAUAAUCUGGUUCGUCUUCCUGUCACUUUUCUGUGGACCAGUUGCUCUGCGGGUCCACUAUUGUUCUACUUGGAGGAGGUGGCCACCAUGGUGUCAGUUUUCAACAUCUGUCUGGACCCUAUUGUUUACUUUUUCCUCUGUAAGUCUUUUUGGGAUCAGAUGAGCCAGAGGAUUGUAUCAGUGGGCAACAACCUCUAACAAGCAACCAAGAAUAGCAAGAGCAGGAGCAAGACAGCAAGUGGACAUUGUUAUAGCAACAAGUUAAAUCAAUGAGCUUUAAGGAAAAGUUUGACAUUUUAGUUCAGUGAAACCAGUGUCAUGGAUCCCAAGUCCUCAUGAACCACAGGAGUUUGUACUGAGCUCAGAGAUCAAUAGAAGGCUGAUCUCAGCACAAACCCACUCCCACACAAACAACAUCAGUGUUCAUGUGUCAGCUUUUUUCUAUUCAGUCUUUAGGGUGUUCUCAUAUCCUGCUGAUGUAACACAAAAUCAAAAACCAUUUUUUGUCCUCAUGGGACAGUUAAUAUCUGUAUAAAACUCUUUAACUUCACUUUAUCAGUUACAUAGACAGGGCAACAGUAGCACAUUAGAGCGUCUAUUUAUAUGUUUGUAUGAUGUGCACGUAUAACCACAGCAGCUACUUCCUGCUCCUGCUACAGCAAGAUUUCUCAUCACAGAGCUAAUAAUAAAGUGUAUAUAGUGUUACAAAGUGUGUGUCUGUUUGGUACCUUGUGUUUUAAUAUCUGUUGUUAUUUAUGAACAGGAAAGAUGAUCACAGAGCUGCAGGAACCUGGUGACACUUACUAACAUUUAGUUUUUAUAAAUGAUGCUUCAUGGGGCAUCUGUGCUGUAUUAUCUCAGCCAGGGUUUUAUUCACAUAAAUAAACAAAGCAAAACAAAAUUAAACCUCAUCUGAAAAAUAUCAGCUAAAAUAAAUACAGUGGCUGAAGCAGCCCAACACAGAAAUGACCAGAAAUCACACUGCAUGUAUCUAAUAACAUGAGCUGGUGUAUUUUAGUGUUGACAUGUACUGUACUUUCUUUGGAUCAUAUUUAGGCUACUUUGUGGUAUCACUCCACUAAAUUCUCACGCUCUUUAUCAUCAUACGAUCUGUAACGACAUUUAGUGUGAGCUCAGGAAGUGGUUUGAAAAUCUAAGACCUCGGAGCGUCAUGAAGGAGGCCAGAGUUCUCAUUCUUCCUGUGGUUUGCAGCUUUUUUCUGAUUGGCUGCUGUUUAAGUGAAGAGCUUUUCGAAAUGCUGAUUAAUAUUAUUUUUAGAUUUGGUCUGUAAUAUCUUUGGCCUUACACUUUAACA